GCACAGCCGCAGACACGGGCGGCCGCGCCGGCAGCCGGCAGCUCGCGUGCAGCCGGGGAUUACAGCGGGGCGAGGGCAGCGCGGGCUCGGCUCUUAUCCCCCCCCGCCGCCCCCCCGCCCCGGCCCCCCCCCCCCCCGCCCGCCACCCCAGCCGCUCGCCGCGCUGCUUGUUCGGCGGCUUUUCAUCUCCGGGGGUAGGAGGGAGAUGCCUUUGCCGUGGUUUUUCCACCCCCGGUCCUCUCCGUGCCGGGGGGGGGCGGUGAUGUGGAGCCGGGAAUGUAGAGCAAAACCCUCCCCGGGAAGGAGCGACCAAAACAAACCUCUCGCCGUGGCUUUGGCGGCCGCGCGGUGCCCGGGGAAGCCCGAGCAGCCCCUGCCAGCGCCGGGGAAUCCCUCCCCCAGCCCCCGGCGGUGCCCCGGGCGCCCGCGGAGCAAGCUUCAGGAAUGGAGCCGUCUGUCUGAAGAGGACUCUGCCCAAAUAUUUGUAGUCUCCAAGCUCAUUCUCCUAAAGACUCUGGUGUUACAACUGCAUCUUUUUCAGAAUGGCCGAGAAAGCUCCACCAGGAAUCAACAAAAAGUCUUCAAGGUCCACCCUUUCUCUGCCUCCAGAACCAGUGGAGAUCAUUAGGAGCAAAGCCUGCUCACGGAGAGUUAAAAUAAAUGUCGGUGGGCUCAACCAUGAAGUGCUGUGGAGGACUUUGGACAGACUUCCAAGGACACGAUUAGGAAAGCUCAGAGACUGCAAUACUCAUGAAUCUCUGCUAGAAGUAUGUGAUGACUAUAAUCUAAAUGAAAAUGAGUAUUUUUUUGAUCGACACCCAGGGGCUUUCACUUCCAUUUUGAAUUUCUACAGGACAGGGAAACUACAUAUGAUGGAAGAAAUGUGUGCUCUUUCUUUUGGCCAGGAGCUUGAUUACUGGGGGAUUGAUGAGAUAUAUUUAGAAUCUUGCUGCCAGGCAAGGUAUCAUCAAAAGAAAGAGCAGAUGAAUGAGGAGCUGAGGAGAGAGGCAGAGACAAUGCGAGAGAGAGAAGGAGAAGAGUUUGAUAAUACCUGCUGCCCAGAGAAAAGGAAGAAGCUCUGGGACUUGCUGGAGAAACCCAACUCAUCUGUGGCAGCAAAGAUUUUGGCCAUUGUGUCCAUUCUGUUCAUCGUACUGUCCACUAUUGCUUUGUCUCUUAACACACUACCAGAGCUUCAAGAAAUAGAUGAAUUUGGGCAGCCAAAUGACAACCCUCAGCUAGCACACGUUGAAGCUGUGUGUAUUGCUUGGUUUACCAUGGAGUACCUUUUGCGUUUUCUGUCCUCACCAAAUAAGUGGAAGUUCUUCAAAGGCCCGUUAAAUGUCAUUGACUUACUGGCCAUCUUGCCGUACUACGUCACCAUUUUCCUCACGGAGUCCAAUAAAAGUGUCCUGCAGUUCCAAAACGUCAGACGUGUGGUUCAGAUAUUUCGUAUCAUGAGGAUCCUAAGGAUUCUUAAGCUCGCCAGACAUUCAACAGGACUUCAGUCUUUAGGUUUUACACUCAGGCGCAGUUACAAUGAAUUGGGCUUGUUGAUAUUAUUUUUAGCCAUGGGAAUAAUGAUAUUUUCAAGUCUUGUGUUCUUUGCUGAAAAGGAUGAGGAUGCUACAAAAUUUACCAGUAUCCCUGCAUCAUUCUGGUGGGCAACAAUCACUAUGACUACUGUAGGAUACGGUGACAUUUAUCCUAAGACGUUAUUAGGUAAAAUAGUUGGAGGACUUUGCUGUAUUGCUGGAGUCCUAGUCAUAGCCCUGCCCAUACCAAUUAUUGUGAACAAUUUCUCAGAGUUUUAUAAGGAGCAAAAAAGACAGGAGAAGGCAAUUAAGAGAAGAGAAGCACUUGAGCGAGCUAAAAGAAAUGGCAGUAUUGUCUCCAUGAACCUGAAAGAUGCCUUUGCUCGCAGUAUGGAAAUGAUAGACGUAGCAGUAGAUUCAGGUAAGCCUGGAGAAGCAGCCAAUCCAAAGGAGACACCUGAUGACAACCACCUGUCCCCAAGCCGGUGGAAAUGGGCCAGAAGGACAAUGUCCGAAACAAGCUCAAACAAGUCUUAUGAGAACAAAUACCAAGAAGUUAGUCAACAAGACUCCCGCGAGCAAUUAAACAAUGCUGCGGCAUCCUCCAGCCCACAGCACCUCAGUGCCCAAAAACUGGAGAUGUUGUAUAAUGAAAUUACUAAAACUCAGUCUCAGCCUAAUCUUAAUGCUGGUUACCAAGACCAGUCAGCAAAGCCACCCAUGUAUGAAGAAGAAAUUGAAAUGGAAGAAGUUACUGGUCAGAGAGAUCCGUUGCCAACUGGACCUACGGACAUCAUAACAGACAUGAGAAGCACAUCCAGUAUCGACAGUUUUGCCAGUUGUGCAACUGACUUCACGGAAACAGAGAGGUCUCCCCUUUCUCUGUUUCCUGGCUCUCACUUGCAAAUGAGAUUUCCAGCUGAUGCUGUUAACCUGGAAGACAACCAAAGAGUAAGGAGUUCUCAGUUUAUACCAUUCACAAAAGACAAAAUGUUUUCUCCAACCGAUGUCACCUUUGACUAUAACCCAAUCGACAGAGCUGUUAUCAGUGAUGGCAGUGGGUCCCAAACUGGUUUGCAUGGUCAUUUGCAUUUUGACACUGCCAUGGAAAGCCCCAAAAGUUCCCUGAAAGGUAGCAACCCAUUAAAAUCUAGAUCCCUUAAAGUUAAUUUUAAAGACAAUAGAGGUGGUGCUCCACAAACUCCACCGAGCACUGCAAGGCCACUGCCAGUAAUGGCAGGAGCAGACUUCACACAGGCCACCCCGCAGCACGUCAGCACCAUUCUCCUAGAAGAAAACUCACCCCAAGGUGAACGACCUUUACUUGGUGCUGAUGCGUCAGCACUUUGUCAGGGACCUGCUAAAAAAUCAUCCCCUCUCUUUCCCAAACAGAAGAUUUUCUCUUUCCCUUCCAAAGAGAGGAGGAGCUUCACUGAAAUAGACACUGGAGAAGAAGAAGAGUUUAUGGAGUUACAUGGUAUAAAACAUGAAAAACAACAGGAUAUCAAGACAAAUUGCUGUGGGGAUAAACACAGUGAAGGCAACCAUUUAACAGAGGAGCCACAGGUCAGCUCUUCACCCAAAAGCAUGAGUCACAACUGUACUCAAGACAUUUACCAUGCUGUGGGUGAGGUAAAGCAAGACAGUAACCAAGAAGGUCACAAAAUGGAAAACCAUUUAUUUGCCCCAGAAAUUCAUUCAAGUCCAGGAGAAACUGGUUACUGUCCCACACGUGAAACUAGCAUGUGACUAGUUACAAAAGCAAUAAAAAUACCUUUUCUUAAAACACAGUUAGUAAUGCCUAUGAACUAAAACAUGGAAAGCCUCAAAAAAAAAAAUGCAUAAAAUGUUAUUUUUGCAUGGCAUGAAGAGUUGUUUAGUUUAAAUACUGUUUAAUUUAAAAAAAAAAAAGACUGCUUUUUGUAACAAACUGAAAAAAACAGGAAAAAAAUGACUCGAGAACAGUGAAUAAAAUAAAGAGAGCUCUGUUAGGAGCUAGUGUUCUGCAACAUCUGACAUUUUUGAUCCUUUCACUUAUGAUUGUAGACAGAUUUUGAACUCUUUUAACUUUGUUUUCUUGGUUACAAUGAAUUUUAGAAUUUGCACAUGAAAGGAUGAAAUGUCAAUGCAUGCAUUCAUAAAGAUAUGAAACAAGGUGCUUUGAGCUUGCAAAAUGCAUAUAUUUGUAAAUAGUUUGGGGUUGGGGGGAAAGCUACUGUUAACAAGGAUUUAUGGAAAAAGCAUUUCCUGGGACACAGGUACUUCCUUCACAGCGUGCUGCCUGGAGGUUUUGUACAGACUUAUGUUGCAAAAUUGCAACUUCUACUUAAAGCAUCUCACGUAUCUUGCUUUCUGUUAAAAAGCUCAUGCGUAUAUCUGUUAAUUAAGGACUACAGUAUUUUAGUUUAUCUGUGCUGUAAAUCAUGAUUUUUUAUUUGCAUAACUUUAGUUAUUACAUUUGUCAGUUUAAUUAAUGAUCCUGUGAGGAAAAGCAAAGAUUUAAUGACCAGAACUUGAAGCAUUUGAUAUUUUUAUAGAAAACUGCCAACAUUUCAUAAUUAAGAAAAAAUAUGUUCCAUUUUGAAAUAAAAAAACAUAGUUAUUUCUGUGGCAAUAAAUAGUGCCAAAUGGCUAUAUAGAUGUAUCCAAAAGUUCUCAAUCUCUUUGAAUAUUUCUUUUAACUUGGUAUUAAAAAAAAUAUUACUCACAUCCUUUUUUCCUUUGAUUUAACAGUAUUUCCUUCUACAUAAUCUCUGAGCUCUCUUUCCCUUUUCUUUACAUGCAGUGCCCAUAUUUCAAUAAUGGCAAUGUUGUUGAAGCUGUUAUGGUGUAAGGACAUAAGAGACAAGCUUUGUAGGGGGAAGUAGUACCUUUUGUUAUCACAAAUCAUGUAGCUGGAAAAAACAGGCUUCAAAUACACGUGACUUGCCGCAGGUCUUCCAUGCCCCGAAGCUUGUCUGUGUUUUUCAGUUCAAUCAUUUGGACUGACAGAAGGUUAUCACCUGACUCACUAACUUUGCCUCAACCCAUCCUCCCAUGGCUGUUCCAAAAGCGGAGUAUAGGCUUUCCCCUAUACUUAAGUAAAGGGAAAUGUCAGUCAUUCCAUUGGCAACUGCCAAAGCAUCUUUGGUUUCUCUGAUAUUCUCCAGCUUUGUAAAAGAAAGAUGCUGAACCAAAGCCUUCAUUACAAAGUACCCAUCUAACCACUGUCUGAAAAAAGCUAUUAUUUUUUUAUCCAGCAGCAAUAGCUUCCUAUGCUAUACUAUAAAGAAGCCUAUAAAUCGCUUUAAUUUCCUCAAUCAUAAUGUUUAUUCAGUUCAUUAAUCCUAAUCAUAAGCAAAAGUAUGCAGCUACACAGGAAUGUCCUACAAAAUGUUCUUUUUUUUUUUUUUUUUUUUUUUUUAGGAAAACAAAAUACAGGUAUUUUUUUGCUGUCCUCUGAUUUCUGCUGAAAUUGGAUACUCCCUUACAACAGUUUUGUAAGAGCAGCAGUCCAGCCUCAAAGCUAAAAGCCAGAGGGUCCAGCAGUUAAAUUCUCAGGAGGUGUUUAGAAAUUGUAGCAUCAGUUCCAUGGGCUUGUUGCCAGAGAUUGGGCUUCUCACUUCCCCAUGUACAGAAGGGGGAGAAUGCUUCUUCCAGGUCAGUGCUGUAACAGCAAGCGUUGCAAAGACAUGGAGACAGCAAGAAUGGAAACCUUAAAAGCACUUUAGACCAACCAACGUGUGGUUUGUAACAGCAGGCUUCUACCUCCCAUAGUGGACCUAGGUUAAUUUUUACUUAUGUGUCAUUUCCUGCCACUUAAAUGAGUAAAAGUCAGGCACCUAAUGCAUUUAAUAUAAAAGAGCAAGCAUUUUUGCUGCACCAGUGCCCUCUGCUUGAAAUGGCUGGGCUGAUGCCACAGACCUCACUCAAGUCUGGCCCGUGGAAGAGAUGCAAGUUUGAAAAGCCCCAAAAUACAGAUUCUGCUGGCUGGCCAAACAAUGAGCACAGCACAAUCCUUUGGGUUAAAAAAAAAAAAAAGUUUUCUGUAUUUCCAUUAAAAUAUAAUGUUGAGGUAUCUCUUCAGUCAUUUGAAAAACUGGGACUAUAACGUUAUUUUUUCCAAACAAUGUCUGGUCAUUAAUUCUCAAAAUAGAAAUGAAUUUUUUUUGUCCUUAGUUGCAGUUCAUUGCAACUUCUUGCUGCAUUCAGCUUUACCUAUUUAUAUGGCAUUCUGCUUAACAUUUUUCAAUCAUGUUGUGUCUCACUGUUCCAAAACUUAGCUCUUGAGUAUUUUAUAGUCAUUAAUCUUCUAUAUUUAUUUUUUAGUUCCUAGAUAUUUUCAGUGACUAAAACUAAAUGCCAGUCAAUUUUUAUAUGCCUAAAGUGUUGGUCUGUAUUUUCUAUGUGCAGUUUUAUGAAAUCACAUGGGCCUGUUUGAUCUGCCUUUACAUCCUAGUGAACUAAUGAAGACCAAAUUAAGUCCCAAUGGGACCUGAUCCCAUGCUCUGGAUCCACAGAAAGAUCCCAUUCAAGAUAAUGAUGUUGUUCUGGCAAGACUGAGGUCUGUGUCAUGUUCCUUCUGUGUGCUUUUUCUCCCAGGUGACCCUUACGCUUUGGAAAAAGCCCCCUCAGAUCUGUGCCACUUGGUGGAAAGGGAGGAGUCCAGCCAUAGGGAACAUAUUGCAGGAGCAGAGAUUCGAUUCCUUAAGCUCUCCUGAGCUAAACUUUAUGCAAACCUGAUUCUGCCCUAUUAAAAUAAUUAAAAAUUCAAUAGCGGUAAAAUCAAAGCCUCAAUCCUUGUGCAGAUGAAUUUCCCCUGAAACCAAUGGGAGUCUGAUGGAAAAAGGGACUGACUGAAAUAUAAAUAAGGAUGGCAAGAGUCUCUCUCUCUUGAUGAAAAGGAACAGGAGCUUUAACUAUAUAAACCAGAUGCAAAGACCAGACCCUUAUUGACUGCCAUAUUUUAAAUGUCUUCAGAGAAGCACAUUUAUUUUGAAAUUGUACAAGCAAAAGAAAUGCAAUUCUCUUUAUUAACAGAUGAUGUAUUUUUUUUAAACCUUGGAAGCAAAAGGAUCAAGAUUUACAAGUGCUUUUGGUAUAAUUUCAUUAUAUACUUUUGACUAUGCUGAAUAUCAUUUCCAGAAGCACAGGUUUAGAUAUUUGGUUUUUCCAGUCUUGACUGCAUACACGGUAUCCAGUCCUGAAUACCUAGCUCAUGUAUAAUUCCCGAUUAAAACAUUUACUUGAGCAAUUGCAGGACUGGGCCUAGCUUUCAUUCCAGUACAGCAGGUGUAAGAAGCGCAGUCCAGGAUCACUUCAUUCAUCAUGAAUUGCUAUUUAGAAAAUUAUGCAAAAUUACCUGAGCAUAUUUUUCUGUUUUUCUAAAACUUUGAAGCCAUUUCAGACUUAUUACCCAUUCACCACAGUAAGGGAAGGUUUGUUUUUGAGUUCCGGAGUCAGUCUCCAACAGUUGUGGAAUAUCAAAACAACUUAAGGAGUCUUAGGAUGACGUGGCUCCCCUGUGCACCUGAAAGGGGUCUGACUCUUCGUAUCGCUGGAAAAUGAAGAUUGUUCAGGGAGACAGCUUUGCAAUCAAUCUAUUUUUUAUAUUUUAUACUAACUGCAGAAUCCUUAAUCAAAGGUUUAAUUCCUUUUCAAUGAUUAAACCAAAUGUACACAUUUAAAAGAUGUUCACAGAGUAAUCAGAACAAUUUUUGAGUAAACAGUCACAUUAAUCCAAAUCGGGGGGGGGGGGGGGAAUAAUAUAUCGCACAAACUGCAAAGGAAGUUCAUACAGGAAAGCUGUUUACAGAGGAAGCAUAUAACAAAGAAUGUAACAUGAUGUAGGAAGAUAUUGCACUACAGAAUUUAUAUAAAGUACACUUUUUUAAAUAAAAACACAAAAGGCCUUUUAACGCUUCAUUGUAUAGAACAUAGGACCCUCUGUGCUCAUGCAGCAAUCUAAUGCACCGUGUCCUCACUUCAAAAUUGGUCUCAAAAUUCAAACAUUAGUGAUGUUAGAGAGGUGAUAUCUGAUCUAACACUAGAGCAACUGACUUGAAGAGCUUUUUAGCACAGUUUUAUGUAACCAAAAGUGUGUACAGAAAAUUGCAUUUUUGCCUAUAACAUACAUAAAUCAAAAUGACAAUUGGCUUCUUUCUUGAGUCUUUUCCUAACACGUAACACUGGGCAACAUAUUUUUAAUCCUUGAAAAAACAACUAGUUCUUUCAAAAGUAGGUCUCUUCCCCUACACAUAGACUGAGCUUCUGUUUCUUUAGAUCUGUUUGAAACAAGGUUUACCUUCAAAUUAUUUAAUUAAUGCCUUCAACCUCAUCUCUAAACUGCAGUCCAGUAAAAAAGCCAGUUGUCUUUUUCAAGCCCUACUGCAAACACAGUCAGCCUGGUAAAAAUGUCCAGGGCCUAUCUGAUUGGUUUUUUCAUUCAUAUAAUUUUUGAAUCAUUUGGACAGAAAAUAAAGUGUAACAUUUUGAUCAUGCAAAACAUAUUUUAAAAGCAAAAAAAAUAGAAGAAAUAUGUUUUUUUCAAAGUAGCCAGCACAGCUCAAGCAAGAAAUGCAAAUACAGCAAAGGGGGAAGAAAGGCAGAAAAGUGUAAGUAAACAAGGCAUGUUUUAAUACACUAUAUAAACAAGAAACAUAAUAAAACAUUUAUAAAAUAGUCUUUGUUCACACUUAAUGAGGUAAAAAUACCAGUAGCAAAAGACUUAAUUCCAGUCCUACCCCAUGUUAAUUUUUAUCCUAGAACCAACAGGUCUCUACCGAGGUUUUCAGUGAUGUUAUUACCCACUUGCCUGCUAUGUGAACAUCUGAUCUGUAAUAAUUUUUCAGAAGACUUUCCUGAAAAAGAAGAUACUGUGUGUUCCUACCUUUGUUGAUCUUUGGAUCUCUUCCUAUUGCCCUCCAAACACCAACCUUUUCUUCUUAGGAGCAGUUAGAAGGCAACCCAUCAAACAAGAUGACAGGUGUGUCUUGUUUAUCAGGAAAGCAUUUUGGUAGUCGGGUGCAAAUGGCCAGAUGGACUCUAUUGCAUUUGAGCCAAGGAGCAAGAAUAACUGAGUGUCAUUUCUCUCUGUUACUGUUGUAGCCAUACCAUCUCACAACUUCACAUUUUCUAGUUUUAUAAUGCUCUGACUGCUCCAGUGUCCCCCUCAACCCGCAAGAUGUUUCAAUGCAUUUGUUCAGUGCUUUUGCAAGAUGUUUUGUAAGAGCAGUUGACUGUUAAAUGCUGUUAAGAGAGCCAUCAGUGUUAAGUGUGAAUAUUUGUCUCUUGUCUGGUAUGUUUUUAUUACUUAGUGGUACUCAGUUUAAACUCCAGCUGAAAUGCUUUCAUAUUUUAAAACAGAUCAGGUGUUCUGGGAGCCAAAUCAUUCGCAGCUACUCUGGUACUCUGGUUUUCUUAAUGAAGAAAGGUUAGGUGACUGGCAGGCAGAGACAAAAUUGUUUGCAUUGUGUGAUGGUUUCUUGUUAGUAAUCAUACACCGUGUGACAUCUGCAGGUGGAGUAACAUACUUGUCUUUAUAUUUGUUCUGUUGCAGGUUUAAAUAAUAUUUUUUGGAAAUGUUGUGUUAUGAUAUUUAAGAAGUAUUACCCUUUAGUACAAUGGAGAUUUCUUCAAAAACAGCAGUGAUACCUUAUAAUCCUGUAUUAUUAUUGAUUGCUAUUUAACUUUCUUUUAUGACAACUAUCCAGAUGGAUCCCAUUGUAGAACAAGGAAGUAGCACACAAAUAUUAUUGCUCUUUUUAAUUAAAGUAGCUGAACAACAUGCUAUUAGCUAACAUUUAAUUAAAAAAAAGAUAAGAUUAUCCUAAUUUUACCUAUGAACCAAACAGAAUGGUGACAUGUUGUUAACUUAGACGUUGACUGUAGUCCUGUGGUUAAUGUAAAUCCUGAAUCUAAGAGCAGUCUGGGUAAUUAAUUUCAUUAGGAUAAUUUUUUACCUCAAAUAAGUACUUAAAUACAUAUUUAACAUCAGCAGGAGUAAUGUACACUUCUAUGUCUGGAAGUCUAUGGCUAUGUUUACACUGGCACCUUAGUGGAAAUCAGGAGAGUUCUCUUGACAUGAAACUCUCACCUAUCCCCACUUCUUGUGCUUUGGUUCACACCACAGAGCAAUCCUGGACCAUGCAAACUGGAUUACUUUUAGAUGAAGCCGAACAAGAAAACUUAUUCCAUGAGGACACCUCCUGUGCUGCAACCAGUAUGAAGCACUCAGGUCUUGGUACCAGACUAGAGCUAGUCCAAAAUAGUAGCCCUGGUACACGUAGUGUGAAUUGUCAGCACAACUGUUUUACUCAACAAAUCUGCUUCUGUUUUGUUGUACUACUUGCUAGUGUAGACAUAGACUAUCUCUACCACGCUUAUUACCUCCAGUCCAUGUAGUCUUGGCUAAAUACCUUACUCAAGCAAAUUUUGCCAUUGUCAUCAGUGGUAUUGCAUAAAAAGAGCAAUAUAUAGCCAAAGAUGAAAUUGUCCCCAGUGUAUUCUCCAACUUAACCCCAGUGGAAUCAUCUAAACAAUAAAUUCUUGAUAACCCUUGGAUAGUUGUGGUUUGCAGUUUGGACCACACCCUUAAAUACUGCAUAUUUCUAUAGUCAGUUUACUCUGAAGUUGGUGUUACAUUUGAUUAAGACAGUACAGACAGCCCUACAUCGACUCUCACUCCAAAAUCGUUAAAUCAGUGGAAUGAUUAAACUGACUGCAAGUAGCCCUAUUUCACUUAACAGUAACUCUUAGUUUUACUAGUAUGAGUAAAAACAAAUGACUGUGCAAAUGGCUAAGCAGUGAUGGAGGAUCAGAAACCCCGCUUGAGUAUUUUGUGCUGAUCUACCAUGUCUAGGUAUCUUUCCAUUUGGAUCAUCUGUUGAAAUUUAUUUAAACUGGGGGCCUAGUAGGGUUUUGAUUGUGUGCUUAGUUGCUCUGAUAUCUAGGACAUACCUUGUAAAAGGUAAUGAAAGAAACAAAAAGCCUAUUCCUUACCUUACUUUUUUUAAUGAUUUCAAGGUGAAGGACACAUGUCUUAUACUGAUACUUUCGCUCUAAGUUUUGCUCAGAUAGCAUCUCUCAGUGGAGGUUCAGAAUACGAAACAUUUAUGCCUGUUCUUGAAGUCCUUAAGCAGAAAGCCAAUGGGAAUUCUGCCUGUAUAAAACUGAAGAAUGGAGCAAUAUAUUAUAGCUUUAGGCAAAAGGAACAGUUUCUAACACUUUACAAAAUGAAAAAAAGAAAAAAACACUGUUGGGGACAAUCAUGGGUACUUCUGCUAGGAUGCAGAGUUCUGGGUUUAUACCUCUAAAUUUUCAAAGAGUUAUGCAGAGUUUUACCUAUGUAACUCUUUCAAAAGUCAAAGGAGCCAUGCUGAUAAGCUGAAACAUGGAGGGAUUAGUGUACAAAGAAGCUGAGAGUUGAAUACAUAGCCUAUUGCUUUAAGAUCACUGUAAAUAUGAACUAAAAAUAUGUACUAAUUCAUGUUUAUAAAUUAUUACUGUGUUAGUUUCAUAGAUAUGGUAGCAUGACUAUUAUUAGUUUUAUUGAGUUUAAUGAACUUUACUUUGUAUUCCUCUGUGAAUGCUCUGAAUGCUGCAAACAAAAAAAAGCACAACAGUAUUUUUUCAAGUUCUCUUGGCGCGAUAGCAGUGUCUUCACUAUUGUUCAAUUUUACAGAAUUAGCAACAUUUCAUCAUACAAUGCUAUAUUAACAACAUACCUUUCUUUAAAGAACUGUCACUAGGAGAUAAAAGCAUAUGUGAUAAGUCUUGUCUGAUCUCAUUCAUCUGCCUUUACAAAAUGCCCCAGACAUUUUGUGGAAGAAUAUGCUGCUUUUGCUUCAUGUGUUGUUUGUAUUUGGGGGUGGGGCAGGGGAAUAAUAGGGCAUUUUGCAAUGGUAAUUGCAUCAAACAUGCUUUUUUCAUUAUUAUUGUAUUUGUUAGAAACAUUUUGCUUUAAUUUCUUUUUGUAGAUAAGACUAUUGGACAAUAGCUUUAUUUUUUCAGCUAACCAUCUGAUUCCACUAGACUAAUAACUUCUCACAUUUAGUGGUAUUCGUAUCAAUGUCUCCAUAUCAGCUGCAUUUUAACUUCAUAAAAAAGGAAAUGUGAUUAUUUUUGUCAUACUAGAUUUUGCUGAUCAACUAAAUAUUUCUGCACCAAUCUACAUAUUAAUAUGCAUGUUGUAGUCUGUACAAUUGUUCAACAUCAAAAUAUCUGUUUAAUUUAUGUCAAAUGUCUGUAAAAUAAAUGCAUUGUUCUCCAUUUCAGUCUGAUAGAAUAAGCAGGAUAGUAAAUAAAUGUGUAAAUGAA